AUGAGCGAUGCUCGGCACCUGUCCCGAGCCGCCGGCGCUCCCGGGCGCGCCCUGGCCGCGCUGGCCGCUGGCCUCUCCAGGUGCAGUUGGAGGGAAGGGAGCCCUGAGGAGCCGCCGGGACAGUGGGUGACAAGCCGCCUCCUGGCUGAGGCGCCUGAAGCUCCCGAUGACCCUCGGCAGACGCCCCUGGAAAGAUGCCCGCUCCUUCCCAAGGGACGAGGCCAUGACAGGUCCACCCUACAGGCGUGGAGACAGGCUGCGGGGACGGGCAGCACUGAGGUGACCCUGCUGGAGAGGGGCAGGUUCCUGCAGCGCGGUCUGCAGCCGUGGUCGGAGCCGAGUGGAAAGUGCCGGCUCCACAGCCGCACAGGCCCCAGCACCCACCACCCUCCCGGUCCGCAGUUCCUGGGGACUGGCCUCUGCAGGAUGGUGGGACCUCAUGAGAAGCCCUUUCCAAAGGGGAGGGGCAAGCCAAGCUUCUCAGUCAAGGCCCCUGCAGGCUGGCCCGUGGAGGAUGAGGCAGGCCCCGAUUGGGGCAAGCCAAGGUUCUCAGUCAAGGCCCCUGCAGGCUGGCCCGUGGAGGGUGAGGCAGGCCCCGAUUGGGGCAAGCCAAGCUUCUCAGUCAAGGCCCUUGCAGGCUGGCCUGUGGAGGGCGAGGCCCUGAUUGAUUCCGUGGGCACCUGGCUCCUGCUCUGCACCUGUAUGUGCAGCUGCCAUACCUGCCUGGGCGUCUCUGUCCCCCGGCAGAGAGGAGGGCCGAGGGUCGGGCCUCUCACCUGUCUCACGGACAGCAUCCUCAGGAUCGACUGCCGAUGGUCUGGCCCGGAGUUGUCUCAGGACUCUGGUCCUUGGCUUCUCUUCACCAGCAACCAGGCCCCUGGCGGCGAGCAUAGGUGCGUUUUCCAGGGCAGCACGUGCACCAUGGAGCUGCCCCCCGAGGAGAUGAUCCUGCCAACUGACAACUUCACCAUCACACUCCACCGCCGCCUGUCUGGGAGGGAGCACGUCAGCCUGGUGGACCGCCAGUAUCUCCCGUGGAGACACAUUAAACUGGACCCUCCUUCUGAUCUGCGGAGCAACGUCAGCUCUGGCUAUUGCCUCCUUUCCUGGAGUGUGAGUCCUGUCCUGGAGCCGAUGAGUGCACUUCUCAGCUAUGAGCUGGCUUUCAGACGGCGGGGAGAAGGCUGGGAGCAGGCCCGGUACAAGGACCGCAUUGUGGGUGUGACCCGGCUCAUCCUCGAAGCCGUGGAGCUGAGCCCCGGCUCCACUUAUGAGGCUAGACUGCGCGUCCAGAUGGCUGUCCUGGAUGCUGAGGUGGUAGCGGAGGAGCCUCUGUGGAGCCAGUGGAGUGAAUGGAGCCAGCCUGUGUGCUUCCCCUCUCCCCGGGAGCAGGGACCCCUGAGCCCCUGGAGGUGGCUGCACUGCACCCUUGUUGCUGUGUCUGUCUGUCUCCUGUUGACUGGCCUGACCUGCCUUCUCUUCAGGCUGUCUCCCCGGGUGAAGAGAACCUUCUACCAGAAUGUGCCCUCUCCCGCCGUCUUCUUCCAGCCCCUCUACAGUGUGCACAAUGGCAAUUUCCAGACCUGGGCAGGGGCCGACAAAGUCUGUCUGAAGCCAGGCCAGGACUGUGCUAACAGCUCUCCAGGAACCCGGGAGGCCAUCACACUGCUAACCUGUGGCCCAGGAUACCCUUGGACCCUCUCAGGCCUCAAUGAGGAGGAACGCAGCCCAGGGGGUGUGUUGCAGGCAGAGGGGGGACCGCCGUCGGGCUACCUCCCCCAGGAGGACUGGCUCUGCCUGCCUCCCACCAGGCCGGCUCCCCCAGAGCCAGAGGGGAGCAGCAGCGACUACUGUGCCUUGGGCUGCUGUGGUGGGUGCCACGCCUCUGUGUUCCCCAUAAAUAUGCAAAAUGCUGAGUCCAUCCCAGACUUGGCCUGUGGCCUUUCCUACGUCCAGCAGAGCCCAGAAACCCAGCAAAGGGCUGCCUGUAAGGAAGCUGGCCACGGUCAGAGGUGUGCACUGUCUGAGGACCCACAGGGCGUUUGGCUCGCUCCCAUUCUGGGCCAGCAGCAGGCUGUCCUGAAAACUCCAGAACUCUGACUUUAUCCAGUUGCUUCAUGUGUACAUUGAGAAAAGUGGAUGAAAGCACCUGUUGCUGACUGUCGCUGGGCCUGGGCCUCCUGAGAAGGGUCGCUCCACACUGGUCCGAGGCCCUCAUGUGGAUGGAGCAGGGGCCUCGUCAGUCCUCAGCCUGAGGGUCCCUGCCCUUAGCAUCCUGGCACCCAGCCUCUUUUGUCCUUUGCCCUCUUGUGGUUUUGCCCCAGGCCUCUCUGAGAAGAAGGGUGUAGAGUCACAGCUUGUUCCAUCCUCCCCCUAUAAAGGGCCAGGUGGACACAGGCGAGACA